UGAAGGUGGGAGCAUGUUUCAAUCUCUAUAUAACCUCCCCACCUCCAUGCCAUGUUCUCAACUAAUAUCCUCUGUUGUUGACAUCUUUUUCAUCAUAUCAAUGGCUCAACUUAGCCGUUCUCUGCUGCUCAUCACCCAUUUCUCUCUCUUCUUCAUCUCGUGCAUGGUCGAACCGGCCUUUACUCGACCCUCUCGAUCAAGGGCGUACAUCGAGGCGUCGUGUCGUGCCACCCGUUAUCCGGCUCUUUGUGUCCAAUACCUCUCCAGCUACGCCAACGCCAACGACACCAUACAGAGCCCGAAACAAUUGGCUCAAAUAGCCUUGUCCGUCAGCCUCUACCGUGCCUGGCACACAAGGGCAUACAUGUUGGAAGUGGAGAAGGAGCUUGAGGCAAGCAAGGACGUGGAUUACCAAGCUGUGAAAGAUUGCUUGGCACAAAUCAGUGACAGUGUAAACCAGCUCAGCCAGUCUAUCCGAGAGCUCCAUCACCUCGGCCACGAACCCGUGGGAGACGACUUCUUCUGGCAUAUUAGUAACGUUGAGACAUGGGUUAGUGCUGCCCUAACGGACGCCAGCUUCUGUCUCGAUGAGUUACCGGGGCGCAACAUCGGAAAGUUGAAGGCCACGAUUAAGGGAAAGGUCUUGAAUGUGGCGCAGGCCACUUGCAAUGCCUUGGCCUUGUUUCACCGAUAUGCUGCAAAGUACUAUAAAGCAGCCAGUGUCACCAAGAAGCCCUAA